AUGGGCUCCGUCGCCGCCGCCUCCUCCUGCUCAACCGUACUCUCCUCCUCCCUCUCAACUCCAUUCCGAGCAAGGCUACUGCUGCGGCCGGGCCACUCGGUGCUGAGGUGCCUCCCGAAAUGCGACUCGGGGAAGCCGGUCGGAGGACGCGCUGGGUUGUUGUCGGCUCGGAAGGCGGCCCGGCCAGCGGAUCAGGGAGGGUCCAGGCGGCCCGCACAGUUCGACGCGUCGAUGUGCGGGCUCGCGUUCGCGGCGGUGGCGGGGGUGAUAAUGCUCCAGGGGUCGCAGCAGGCGCUUGCCGCCGCGCAGUUCGCCGGCCUGCAGCCGGCGGACGUGCUGGGGGAUCUCGGGGACAUCAGUACAGGUUUUGCUUCAGUUACGACAACUAUCUCUGCUCUUUGA